CAUGCAAUUUUAAAUAUUGUUUGAGAACGUCUAUAAGACUGGAGGUGUCGUUCGCACAUCAAAUGUUUUAUUAUUAACCGCUCAAACUAGAUGGCAUCCUCGACAAUUUGUAGCUUCUGGGAAAGUCCGCUUACUUUGUUAAGUUGAUGUUGACCAAAUUAAUCAAUUAUUAAUCCAUAUGCAUUGAGUCCAUGCAUUAAGAUGUCCUUUCACAAAAUUACCCUCCAAACGAGAAUUUGAAGCUUAUUUGCUUCCAGAAUACUGAGAUAAGAUCAAACAAAGUGUUGAAGAUAUGUCGUGGGUAAGGGUUUAAGAAUGCGAGUCAACGCAUCUUCGAUUCCCGGUUCGUCAGACGCAUAGGUCAGAUCUGGCUCAAACCAAAAGACUUGUCCAUCGUACGUGUAGCUGCUCUGAGGCUUACAAAAAGUACGCCUCUCGGAAUCAUAAAAAGAAUUCGUUUUGAAUCUCGAGGACCAAUUCAGAUUAGUUGUCAUUCUACGAGCACUCAGACUUUCAACAACAUGGAUUGGAAAAUUCAGUUGUGGAUGUGGAACUACAACUAUGGGCCACUUGUGUAUUUAAGUCUUCUCUUCUACAUGUUGUGGAACAUAAGUUUGAAUUUAUUGGCUUUUCUGGUGCUACCGCUCAUUGUCUUUCAAGUGUACCAAAUUAUGCCAAGGAGACAGGCUUCAGGAGCAAACAAGUACAAUGCCAUUGUGGUCGGUUCCGGUAUUGCUGGGUUAUGCUCUGCCGUCAAACUUCAAGAAAUUGGAGUCCAUUUCACAGUAUUGGAAAAGGGGAAACACUUGGGCGGAACAUGGUGGUGGAACACCUAUCCGGGAGCCGCCUGUGACGUGCGAUCUCAUUUGUAUUGUAUUUCCUUCUUUCCAAACCCAUGGUGGUCAAGGGCCUACGCUAAGGGACCGGAAAUCCACCAGUACCUCAAAGACUUUGCCACUUACUUCAAUCUUCAUCCCCAUAUCAAGUACAACCAAAAGGUGAGCAGAUGUAAAUGGAACCCAGAAUUAUUCAAGUGGGAUGUGACUACGGACGACGGGUCGGUUUACACAGCCAAUUUCGUGAUCUCGGCUUGUGGACAACUGCAUGCUCCCAAGAUGCCGACCUACAAGGGCUUGGAAUCAUUCAACGGGCCAAAAUUCCAUAACACUCAGUGGGAUCACUCGGUGGACUUAACAGGAAAAAGGGUCGGGGUUUUGGGGACGGGUGCAUCGGGUGUUCAAGUCGUUCCACAAUUAGCUAAACAGGUCGAUCAACUAUACGUCUUUCAACGAACGGCCACAUGGGUGGUUCCCAAAUUUGACCCAGAGACCUCCUAUUGGAAGCUAGCAAUUUUCUCUUUACUGCCCAUCACAAUGACCCUCUACCGUUGGGUUUUAUUCUGGCAAAGUGAGAUGAGAUUUCCUUUGAUGUUAAAACCGGACUCACCCAAGGCAAAAAUGAUUGGUCAAAACAUUGCUGGACACCAUGCUCACGUUUUAAAAGACCCAGAGAUGAUUCGGAAACUAACUCCAACUUACAAUGUGGGUUGUAAGAGAAUCACACCCUCUUCCUUUUACCUUGAGUCCUUUGCGAAACCCAACGUCUAUGUGGAAACCGGCAAGAUCGCCGAGGUCACAUGUGAUGGAAUAACAACGGAGAAUGGACAUACCCAAUUGGACGCCAUUAUCUUUGCCACCGGAUUUGAUCGGCUCCGUUCAAUGAACGCCUUUGAAGUCAUUGGACAAGAUCCGAAAAUCAACCUUUGCCAAGCUUGGGGAGAGGCUCCUCAAGCCUACAUGGGUUUAUUCAUGUCCGGAUACCCCAAUUACUUCACGAUUUCUGGUCCAAACACGUCAACUGCGCACAAUUCCGUCAUUUUCUCCUUAGAAUGUCAAACUACUCACGCGGUCAACUACAUUGCCCAAAUGGUCCAAUCCGAAUUGAAAUCUUUGGAUAUCAAGCCUGAGGUAACAGCCGAUCAUAUGGGGAAGAUACGGGCCCGCACUCCCCUACACGUGUUUUCAACCUGCGUGAAUGAAGCCUAUCAGAACGCCCAAGGCGUGUUGUGGCCUAUGUGGCCUUACAGCAUGGUUUAUCUUUGGUGGCGAUCUAUGGAAUGUGAUCUAUCCUUAUUUGAUGUGAAAUGAGUCCUCCCGCCAAAAUGUUUGACAGGCAACUCCUUUUUUUGAGGAAGAAAAAACACCCAACCUCUUUUGAUUAAACGUCAAGCUGUCAAACACAGGGGCACCAUAAUUGUUUUUCUAUUACCAUGUUCUCUUUUGGCUAAGAAUUGACUGAAAUAAAAUCUCAAAUUGUAGAUACA